AUGCACAAGCUCCAAAACUUUACCGGCCAAGCCCGCCAUGGAUGGGAGCGCAUGACGCCCUCCAUGCCCUCCUUCGGCAUGUCCCGCUCCCACAACGACGCGUCCCUCAACAGCCCCAUGAAGCGACCCGGCCCCCAACACCCCCCGCACUCCGCCGGCCCUCUCCCCCCCAAUGCCACGCCCACCGGCCCUCCCCCUACCGCUGCUACCGCCGCGAACCGCUCCCCCGCCCCCGCUCCUGGCACCAUCAUCACUCUCUCCUUCAACGUGCCCUUCCACUCCAACCUCGCGGGCCCGGACCCCGAGGAGAUCAUCUACUCGUCGCCGGGCGCGUUUGAGCGCUGGACGCACGCCGACGGGACGCCCGAGGGCACGCCGAACCAUAAGCUGCCGAUCCACGCCGCGAACGUGGAGCACCUGCGGAACAUGUGUCGGGUGCUGAGCGACCCGAGUCAGGGGCAGUUGCAGGCGACGGUGGUGUCGAGUGAGCCGAAGCCGAUUCCGGGGUAUCAGAGGGGGCCGUUGAAGGCGUUGGUGACGAAUGUGUGUUUGUAUGGGGAGACGGAGAUGGUGCAUGGGAUGAGGGAGAGGAUCUUGAACGAUACACCGAUUACCCUGCGCUGUGCGACUGUCGAUAUCGAUGAGCGGUUGAUCUUCGAUGCCGCGGCCAAUGCCGUCAAGGCGGUGGUGUUGCAGCAUCUGGACGAAGUUGCCAAGCAGACGAAAGCCGACAUCUUCCUUCUCCAUCCGAAGCCCAUCGAUGAGUCGGCGAGCGUAAGCGGUGGCAUUGAGACCGCCCUGGAUCAGCGAUUGCGGUGCCACAUCUACGGUGAUCUGGAGAACUCGGAGCAUGCCAAGCUUAGAGUCUUGACCAUGAUUGACCAGAUUCUUCAUCGUCAUGUGGACGCCCUCAUGUUGGAAUUAAGCAUGCAUACGUUAAUCAGCGGAAAGGCCCGCCGAAACAUCAAGCAUAUCGAAUCGGCCACGAAUACUGCCAUCUACUUCCCGCCCCCGUUCACCCGGCUAUUUGGCUACACCCCUCCAGGUGGAGUCAGGAGACAGCAGGAUGAAAUUGUUAUCACGGGCGAAAGUCCGGAAGCCAUUCUACAAGCCAAGAAGCGCCUCCACGACCUCUCAGUAAGCACCAAGGCCUUUGUCAAGGACGUCAUCGUCACUCCAUCAAAGUUGGACAACAUCAUUCUGGAACGAUUGGACAAGGUUCGCAAGAUCAUGGAAAACAAUGGGUCCUACGUCGUACUUCCAUCGCUUGGUCUGCAACGAGGGAUUGUUCGUGUACAAGGGACAGAUAUCCUCAAUGUUGAACGGACGGUCCGUGACAUUAUGGCGCUCGCCGGCCAAUUCUACAGCGCCUCCUGGUGGAUCACGCAUCCGGACCCCUCCGCACGUGCUCCGACCCCAACCGACGUCCGGACCAUGCUUUCCGAUAUCUGCAUCAACUCCGGCGCCGACAUUAGCUUCGAGGGUCUCAAUUUCCACAUCCACGGUUCCGACGAUGCCGUCAAGGCCGCCCUCAUGGUCAUCAGCAACAUCCCCUUCGUCAAGAAAUCGCAAUCGACCAUGCGCGUGAAGAUCGAAUUGGCGAACGAGCACAAGGAAUUCGUCAGUGGCAAGAAAAACGGCAAGAUCAACAAGAUCAUGAGUCAAAGCAACGUGCAGAUCGUCUUCGACGGAUUCAACGAGUACAACUUCUACAUCGACGUACGUGGCCAGCAAUACGAGGCGACUAAAGGAGGCCUCGAACUCGUCGAGCAAGAAAUGCCCGCCUCCAUCUCGUUCCAUGUCCCCGACCAAUACCACAAGCGCAUCAUCGGCAUUGGCGGCCAACACAUCCAGCGCAUCAUGAAGAAAUACUCCGUCUUCGUCAAAUUCUCCAACGCCAUGGACCGCGGCGGCAUCGGGCGCGAGGAAGACGACAUCAAGGUCGACAACGUCAUCUGCCGCACCCCGGCGCGCAACGCGCAGAACCUCGACCUCGUCAAGCAGGAGAUCAUGGACAUGGUGGAGAAGGCGGACGCGGAGUUCGUGCAGGAGCUGGUGGUCAUCGAUCGGCUGUAUCAUCGGGAGCUGAUCGCGCAAAUGGGGCGGAUCGAGGAGCUCGAGAAGAAGUGGAACUGUAAGAUCAACUUCCCGAAUACGGAGUCGGCGAGCGAUGUGGUGGUUGUCAGUGGGCCAGAGUAUCAGGUGCCACAAGCGGUGGACGAGUUCUUGGGAAUGGUUCCUGAGCGCCAUGAUCUCGCUUUCCCUGCGAACGAGGAAUUGAAGACCUACAUUCGAUCCCCUGAGUUCCAGUCCGACGUGGCCGAGAAACUCCAAUCGCAAUAUGUCGUCGAAGUGCGCUUGAAUCCGAACCCUUCCAAGAAUCUGAGUCUCUCGGCCGCGACGACUGCUCCUACCACGUCCAACACUUCCACCCCUGCACCCCAAGCCGACGCUCGAGCCGCCGACAAGCCAACCGAAGCGUCCGAAGACUCUUCCGCCGAAACCAAGGAGUCAAUACCUCAAACCAUUGAGUCCCUCACUCUCUCCUAUACGCGCAACAACGCCGGUGGCCUUAAGGACGCCAUCGAUUUCCUCAUCACCCGGCUUGCCGCCCAUGGUCUCGACGCCACGGCUGUGCAAGGCGCCAUCCCACGUCCGAAAUCCGACUCCUUCGAAGAUUCUCUCCCCUUCUUCGAGUCCAAGCUCCUCCACCGCGCCGAUCCCCACGCGUCCACCGACAGCCCCACGCGGUCCCAGUUCGGCGACGCCGUCGGCGAUCCCACCGCCGGAAGCGCCACGGAAGGCGGCCCCUCCUUCUUCUCCAAGUUCCGCAAGCCCGGCAGCAUGUCCAGCUUCAGCAGUCUGAUCGACCGGCGCAAGAACCACGGCACCGGCACCGGCAGCAAUUCCCCCGGCAGUCUCUUCAAGCACGCUAGCAGCAACGCGUCCAAAGCCUCCCUCGCCUCCCUCGAGUCCGCCUCCUCCGGCUACCGCAACCCCUGGAACGACUCCGGCAUCAACCUCCCCGAAGACGAAGUCCUCUCCCUCCCUCCCCACCCCUCCACCCCCUCCGUCUUCUCCUCUGCCUCCCUCAACGCCUCCUCCGCCUCCCUAGCCACUGCCCCUAUCGUCUCCGGCCUCGGCCACAACCUCCACCCCCACUCCCACUCCUCCCACUCCCUCGCUGGCCCCAUCCACCCCAUGCACGGGGGCGCCACCUCCAGCGUCUACCAUGGUCACAACCCCCACCCGCACGGCCCCGCGCCGAACCACCACGGCAUGCCGCCCUCCAGCGCCGUCGCCGGCUGGGGCCCGCCAACGCCGACGUCCGCCGCGUAUUCCGGCAAGCCCGGGUGGAAUGGCCCCGGGGGAAACAGCAACAGCGGUCCCGGCGACGCGACGCCACGAUACGAUCCACGCGCGUCGGUGGAUAGCGGGCGGCCGAGUACGGCGAAUAGCGUGGGGACGGGGAAUGGGUUUCCGGGGGUGAUUGGGCCGCCGCGGUAG